AUGUAUACCAAGGUUGGUGCGCAGGCUACUUCCGUUGUUGGCACUGAGGAUGGUGAUAGCCAGGCUAACUGGGAGGAGAUCUCCAACCCUACUCAGGUUGAUUCCAUUGGUGCGAAGGUUGGCGAGCCGAUUUCCAGUGGGGAUGUUCCUUAUGACUUAGGAUUGUCGCAGGCUAUUGAUGAUUCUGCUUCUAGGUCCAGCACCAAGAAGAUGAGCAUUGCUUGUUUGAGUCUUGGAGAUGUUGCUUCUUCUGCUGCUGUGUCUGCUUCGUCUACCUCAUCUGCUACUGUUGCUGCUACCACCGCCGCCUCUACUGCUUCUACUUCCACUGCCGCCGCUACCACUGCCUCCGUUGACGCCUCUUGCAACGUCGCUACUGAGGCCUCUGACUGUUCAGCUAGUGCCUCUACUAAGGUCGCCUUCGUUGUGGUUUCUGCUGCCUCAUCUACCGCUGCUGCUGCUGCCGCCGCCGCUGCCGCCUCAGACGCCUCAUCCGAUUCCUCAAACGCUUCUCCUGAGAUCGACUUUGCUCUUCUCAACACCGGUGUUGCCAACUUCAACUUUAACUUGCCCAUGCUCAAUCAGCAGGCUGCCGACAACCCCAACCACAGCCGUCCGGUGAUUUCUAUUGUCGGCAGUGAAACUGCCGCCUGGGCCAAAUUAGAGGAAGCCCAGGUCUCUACCAUGGAAGGAACCCCCCUUAUAACUUUGCUGGAUGACCAGAGUUACUUCGACAUGGGUGAUCGAUACUAUACUCUAAGCUGCUGUACUAGCUUUUCUUCCUCGGGCUAUUCCACACCCACCGAUCCAGUGCCCAGCGCUCCAAAGGCAUCAUUCUAA